UCGAGACGGCUAUCUGCUCGUGCCAUCGCCCAUUAUCGAUGCCGGCCUAGCAAUGCAAGAUAUGGAAAACAAGGCAUUGUUUGGCAGCGUAUCAACACUGUCAGGACAUCUACGGGCUGUCUAGCUCCUGCACAUUCGUUUAGAUUUCAGAGGCUCACUCACCAUGGCAGUGCUGCAUGCGCCAACCAUUUCUUCCCAACAACACGGUCUGUGCAGUUUGGCGAGACGCCGCCCUUUCGUCGCUUCUCCCGGUUUUUUUCGCACAAGCAUUUUCAUCAAAACAUCUUCGGCAGCCUCUUCUUAUCAAUGGGUCCGUGAACGGGGAGGACUCGAUCAGCCAAUGCGCCCUGCCCUUACUGCCGCUGCCUACAUUUCAAAUUCUCAAACAUCGGUUAUGUAGACUUAGAUUAAACAGCAUGGGUGCCAGGGUCUACAUGAGCCGCCCCGCGAACCGUGGACUACCGCCAAGUGUUCGACCUCGUCCAUACGAGAUGUGUGUUUCUGCUUCCUGCUUGAACAACACCCUUGGGCGAACGGGCGCGUCCCGACUUCCCCGGGCCGGCAAAUGACAUGCUCCCCCAUUCCAAAGCCCCCUUGACAGCAUAACAAUGCACUCCUCCGCGCAUG